AUGCAUCUCCCACUAUUAAAAACUUACAAUUCUCAUAAAGCAUUUGAUUUCCUUCCAUGUACUCUGCAGAGCCACCAUUGUUAUCUACCUCACUACUACGUCGGAGACGCUUAGCUUUGGGUGGACUGUCGGCUGCGGCUUCAGCUUCGUGUGCCGCUGCUAACUUUGCUUCUUCUCGAGCUGCCGCAGCUUGCAUAGCCGCCUCCUGCUUUUCUUGUUCCUUUUUACGUUUUUUCUCUUCUGUUUCCUGUUUCCUCUUCUCUCGUUUUUCUUCCCUUUCUCUCUGAAGUUCAAGCUUUUUCUCCUCUGCCGCACGCCUUCUUUCCUCUGCAGCUUGUUUUGCUUGUUGUUUUUUGAGUUCAUUUUGGGCUUGAACCUCUGCAAAACCAUUUUAAGUUGAGUAUUUUUUCACAAACCCUCCCCACAUCGUUCCAUCAGUCUUACCAGCAUUGGCCUUAUCAAUAUUUUCAUGAAUGGCAGCAGAUUCGUUAAUGCCAAUCAUCUGGAUUUUGCUAGGUUUCAUGAAACCCUUUGGUGUGCUCGAAUCAUCUGUGCCACCUGGGCCAGUGGAUCCGCCUGCCAAUAUAGACUGUAUGGAGGCUAGACUCGAAUUUAAUGAUCGUCCCAAUCGACAUUUCUCGCAAAUUAAAAGGUGUACUUACCUCUUGGCUGUGCGCUCUGAGCUGGUCGACUUGGGUUCACAGUACGUAAAAAGCUAGGCUUGGCACCGAGAGAGGG